AUUGAAUGAAGUUCAAGAACCAAAGGUUGCUGAUUUCCGUAAACAUUUGCAAAAGACUUGGUCAACCAGAGCUGAAGAAGUUAUGUGUAAAUUAGGUUCAAUCCUUUCUGCAGGUAUUUUAGAUGCUGGUGGUAGAAAUGCUACAAUUUGUUUGCACAGACAUGGUAAUAACAAGAUGAGAAAUAUUGUUGGUCUUGCUCUCUUUACUCAAUAUUGGUUCUGGUAUCCAUAUUUACAUUUCUUGUCACUUUCUCUUGAACCAACUUCAAUUAUUGGUUUGAAUACUGAUUUGAAGAUGCCAUCCCAAUUCACUUUCAAGAGUAAUCAAAAACCAUCCAUAAGAAAGAAGGAAGUUACUGUUGGUCCUGUUGCUGAAUUGUCUCUCUCUGCUAAGGCCAGAGUUAGAGAAGAAAGAAAGAGAAGAAGACCAGAAGGUAGUGCUACUCCUCUCCUCACUCCUCUUACUUCAACUCCAACACCACAAGUUGAUCCAAAGCAACUACCAUCACAACCUUCACAAACAGAUAAGGAUACAAAGAAACAAAAGAAGAAGAAGGAACCAACUUCUGAAUCUCUUACAAAUCCUGCUCGUGUAACACCUUCACAACUUAACUUUAUUUCAUUCGAUACAACCAGUAGAUAUGUUCCUAUCAAAUUAUCUUCUUCAUCUGGUAUCAAUUUGGGUAUUAACGUGCUCAGUGAUACAAAACCAGGUGAAGAUGCUGAUAUUUUAACACCUCAAGCUGGUCAAAAAUCAGAAGAAAAGGAAGAAAAUGAACCACAACCACCAGCAAGCUUUGAAUGGAAUUAA